AUGCCUGAAAGAGCGCGCCCUACACGCACAGGGAGACCCAGAGAAUCCCUCAAUGAACAGGAGGUUAGAGAUAUUAUUGAGUAUAUUUGCACCGACCAUGCAACUAGAGUGCUGAAUUGGAUCCAAAUACACGAUGAAUUGCAACUCUCUUGCUCUGUCAAGACCCUCAAACGCCGCUGCAAAGAAGCUGGAUACUACUCUUGUAUCUGCUGCCAAAAGCCCUACCUCACUAAGACCCAAGCCAAUGCGGGGUGGCUGUGGGGGAUAGCACACAUGUUUUGGACUAUUUGGGAAUGGAGUCAGAUACUGUACUCAGAUGAGGUCACAUUUCAAGUUGGAGGGAAGAAAUGCAAGCAGAGGUGUAUUAGGAAUAAGAAGGAACGCUGUCAUCCUGACUGCAUUCAAUUCCAAAUGCAUAGAGGUGGCACUAUUCCUGUACACUUCUUUGGUGCUGUAGGCUACGGAUACAAAAGUCUAUUGAUCAACAUUCAUGGAACUGGGAAGAGUGGGGCAUUUACACAAACUGAUUACCUUGCUCAAGUACUCAAGCCUUAUAUUCAGGAUUUUUUAGCUGCUUUUGCGGCUGUUUUGGGGCCUGGGAAGACCCCUCAGUUCAUGGAAGACGGCAACUCUGCUCACGGCCACAAGACUACUAGCAAUAUUUGUGCUACUUGGCGUACUUCUAUGGGUAUUACUCUAUUCCCCCAUCCUGCAGUUAGCCCUGAUAUGAAUCCUAUUGAGAAGUGCUGGAGGAGAAUAAAACAAGCUCUCCAUAGGCGCCUAAGGCAGCCAACAACUGAGGUUCAAAUGGUUGUAGCAGUAUUAGAAGAAUGGGACAAAAUUCCUCAGGAAUGGAUCAAUGGGCUUAUUGAGCAGCAGGACUUCUGGGUACACGACUUAAUUAAGCGAUGUGGCUGGUCUACAGCUAAUUAA